AUGGAGGAAGGGGAGUUCUCGGAGGCCAGGGAGGACAUGGCUGCCCUAGAGAAGGACUACGAGGAACUGGGCAUUGACAGCGUUGGGGAGGAAGAUGAGGGAGAGGAUUUAAAAGUUCAGAAAGAAACUGAAGUGGGUCUGUUAAAGCAGGUUACAGAGAAGAUGGUGUUCCAGAAGUUGCUGAAAAAUGAAAUUACUAUCAUUUACAGGGCUGAGACCUAUGGGCCUGUGUGCAGGAUCAACAUUCUGCACUGGAUUAUUUUAUGCAUAACCUGUCCAGAGGCUACAAAGGAAAUCUUGAUGUCCCACAAGUACCCCAAGACUGAAUUCAUCUACAAAAGACUGUCACACCUGUUUGGUCAAAGAUUUUUAGGAAACGGCCUGUUAACAGCUCUGGAUCAUGGAUUGUGGCAUAAACAGCGUCGGCUCAUGAAUCCUGCCUUCUACAACUUAGUGAGAAAAGAAGUGGAUGAUGUCAUCGGGAUGAAAUAUAACAUAAGUUAUGAAGAUCUCGGAAAAUUGACCUACCUCUCACAGGUACUAAAAGAGACGCUGAGACUUUACCCGACAGCUCCAGCUGUGUUCCGUAAGAUUCCAGAGGACACGGCGAUUGAUGGUCUCCACGUCCCUGGAGGAGUCAGCUGUAUAUUUAGCUCCUUCGUAGCUGGAAGACUGGAGAAAUUCUCCAAGGAGCCACUGACAUUCGAUCCAGCCAGAUUUCACCCAGAUGCUCCGAAGUAGGCAACCUUUAGUUUGAUUCUGCUCAUCAUCGCUAAGCCAGGCUAACGAAGAAAAACUGUGUGUUUGCUGUUCCCCAAGGCCUUAUUAAGCUUGGUUUAUGCUUGACGCAUUCACUUUCCGCGCGGUGAUGCGGCUCGCGGAUGGAACGCGCUUCACAACUCGCAGCGUUUAUGGUUCGUGCGGCUUGUCUCUGCGGUGAGCCAAUAUUCUCCCAAACUGUAGGGGGCAGCAUGGAGCUCUACGGCAAGCAUCCAACACUACACCAUAGUAGAAGUAGAAAUUACUGUUUACAACAUGGCAUUCCAGCAUUUUUAACAGCGUCCUCGUCUUUUCCGACAGUGCGAGCUAUUUCUCUCCAAGAAUUAUUAACAACAUGUUGAUCACGGUGAUCUCUGAGAGCUGAAUCAUACAAAGGUCUGUAUUU